AUGCCCGCCACCGAGGUGCAUGGCGCACGCCCUGGGUGGUGCAUGUCGGAUGCAGAGCUGAAACAGCUGCAUGUUUCCUUAAUCCCGAUGGAUACCAAAGAAAACACCCACGACUUCAAUGCCAAUGGUGUGCCGAGCCGCGCAGAGAUGUCCACUGUCCCUGAUCCUGACCACUUCCUACGAAGGGCGUAUCAUUCAGCAACAGUUGUAGGCGAAUAUUUAUACAUUGAUGGGGGUGAAUUCUCCUUCUUACAAAGUGGCAAUGCUCAAUAUCGGAACCUCAAUCAUACACUCGUGAUCGAUUUGUCCAAAGAUUGGCAGAAUUCAACGGUCACUUUCUCCACAAUUCAAAAGCCCUCUACAGCUCCAAGCUUCUGUGAAGGGGUACUGUGGUACGAUCAGUCUCAAGAUACGUUAUACUCUGGUUUCAAUGGCUGGCCUUGUGACUUCCCGGACGGCACACUUCCUCCUGACACACCGUCUCUCUGGAAUUUGAAGCCUGAUCAUCGGGGUGGUGGAAUAUGGACGAAGUCUGCCGAGUUCGAACUUACGAUCGGCGAUAAUCUUAUCCUUGUCCACGCAGCUUCAACAGCGCAAUGUCCAGACUCUGGAUUCAUAUUUGGAGGCGAGGCUGCUGACACUAAAUGUCGCUCAAGUUUGGUUUAUUUUAAUACGACCACAAAAAUUUUCGCAAAUCAAACCUCCACAAUGCCCCUUCCACCUUUUGAGCACGGUGUCUUGCAGUACGUACCCCUUUGGGGCUCCAGAGGUUUGUUGGUUGGAAUAGGAGGCAGGAAUGAAGAUGGAGGUUUCGCUGAUGAGGGUGGCUUAGUGUUGGUGUACGACAUAGCUACUAACAUAACCUACAGACAACAAACAAGUGGGAAAAUCCCCAGUGGUAGGAUUGAUCCAUGCACUGCAGGCAUGGAGUCCAAUAAUAACACCUUCGACAUCUUCUACUACGGAGGCUCAAUAGGUCCCGGACAGCCCAACAUUCAGCGUGACGAGAUCUUCAUACUCACACUACCAGCAUUCCAUUGGCUCCAAGUACCUUACCAGCCCAGUCAUCCACGAGCAGGACAUUCAUGCAACGCCGUAGCAGGUUCUCAAAUCCUAGUACUUGGAGGAAGGGAUCCAAACAUCGUCGACCAUGGAAAUGGUACACAAUUCAUACUAGACUUGAUGACUAGGCCAGACAACUUUAAACAGGGGUUGGGAAUCUUUGACCUCAACACACUCCAGUGGAAUGAUCACUACGCAGCCAAUUCGUCACCAUACAGACAGUCUCAGGCUGUGAAAGACUUCUAUGACAAUACCGGAGACUCCUACAUGGGUACCUUGCAACCAGACAUAGCUUCCCUGAUAGGAAGCUCAACUCCAGGUGAGCUCAGCCCUCCUACCUCUCCCAUCGGUAAUCCCCAUCUGAACCUCCCCAGCUCCGAAAACAUCUCCAAAUACUACAAACGCAACAGGACCCUCAGUAAAUACACUUUCAAACUGCACUCAUGCGCCAGACCCCCAACCCCCUCCAACGCAAACGAAUGGGUCGUAGUUGAAUCUAGCAUCGGUGGGUUGAUAGGUGCUGCAGUCCUCAUCGGCUUGAUAUGGCUCACAUUCGAGCGACACAAAGGGGUUGUGAAGAAAGAGUCGCUCAUCAGACGAGACCAGGCAGACUUUGCUGGAACAAAACCACCAAUGGCGCAGGAACCUACAGAAAUGAGCAGCACCUGCAGACCGCCUGAGCUCGACGAGCAGGGUGUCCAAGAGCUCGGCGACAGGGCGAUACUGCAAGCAGAUGGAACCGAGAGAAUCGAGCUGGCCUAG